CAGUUGUUGGGAAAUCCCUUCUGUGACGUCAUAAUAAGUAUGGCAUCCUCCUUGACAAGGUCGGCUUUCUCCAGGCUCUGUCAACACGUACCGCGCCCAGCAGCUUGUACUACCAAACAGUUUCAGAGCAGAGAUUACCAUAACUCCACCCCAAACUGCCAGGCUCUGUCUGUAUCGGAGCCAGUCUCACAUCCUGAUGGUAACCAAAAGGUAACCCUGGUCCCGGGGGAUGGAGUAGGGCCACACCUAAUGGGCAGUGUCCGGGACGUAUUCCAGGCUGCCGGAGCUCCCGUGGAAUUUGAGGAAUUUUUCAUUAGCGAGGUACAGCCAUCCCAGAGUGCCAGUAUCAGUACAGUGGUGGAAUCAUUCAAGCGUAACGGAGUCGGUCUCAAGGGAAUCAUCACAACACCAUCCAACUUCAAAGGGGGUGUCCUUCAGACCCUCAACAUGAAGAUCAGGGCAGAACUGGAUCUGUUUGCUAAUGUUGUUGUCAUCAAAAGUUUACCUGGUUUUAAAACAAGACACAAGAACCUCGACUUUGUCAUCAUCCGUGAACAGACUGAGGGAGAGUACAGUGCACUGGAGCAUGAAAGUGUCACAGGAGUGGUAGAGUGUCUGAAGGUUGUCACAAGGAUGAAGUCUAAACGUAUCGCCAAGUUCGCUUUUGAUUACGCUACUCGCAAUAAUAGAAAAAAAGUCACCGCUGUACACAAAGCCAAUAUCAUGAAGCUUGGUGAUGGUCUGUUCCUGAAGUGUUGUGAGGAGGUGGCCCAAUACUACCCUAAGAUACAGUUUGAGACUAUGAUCAUAGACAACUGCUGUAUGCAGCUGGUGUCUAACCCUCAUCAGUUUGAUGUCAUGGUGAUGCCUAAUCUCUAUGGUAACAUUGUUGACAACUUGGCAUCAGGACUUGUUGGAGGAGCUGGCAUCGUCCCAGGAGAGAGUUUUAGUAAUGAUGUUGCCAUUUUUGAACAGGGAGCUCGCCAUGCCUACGCCGAAGCUGUGGGUAAGAACAUUGCCAACCCUACAGCUGUCCUACUCAGUGGCUGUAACAUGCUGAAGCAUAUGCACCUCGAGUACCAUGCUAAGAUUAUAGAGGACGCUAUCUCCAGGGUCAUCAAAGCUGGCAAGGUUAGAACAAAGGAUAUGGGCGGCUACUCCUCCACUAGUGACUUUACACACUCUGUCAUCGACCAUCUCCAGAUGUAGGUCAAGGCCACCCUCUGUUACGACAAGGAUAUUUAUUGUAGGUCAAGGCCACCUUCUGUUACGACAAGGAUAUUUAUUGUAGGUCAAGGCCACCUUCUGUUACGUCAAGGAUAUUUAUUGUAGGUCAAGGCCACCUUCUGUUACGUCAAGGAUAUUUAUUGUAGGUCACGGUUUAUUACCUCCCUCCACAGAUCUGAUUUAUAUUUGAUCCUCUGGGUUGUUAGAACAGUAAUGGCUGGCCAUGUCGGUUAAUAAAUCCAGUAAGUUAUUCUGUUGUUGUAAUAUAAAUAAGUUGUUCAAAAUAAAACGUUUAUUCUCAUGUUACUUGUGUAUUUUAUUUAGAAGGUAAUGAGAUUAUGUGAUAUUUUUAUCUCCAUUUUAGUUACUUUUUUAAAAUUCACCGGAUGAUUUCCAGGAAAUUCAGUUAGAAAGCUAUAUAACAUUGAUUAUAUUUACACUUGUUUAUAAACAACCUGGUGUUGUUUUACACUUAGAGACGACACCUGGGUAUAAACAAUCCGGUGUUGUUUUACACUUAGAGAUGACACCUUGGACGCAGUAUUGUUACAAUUCUGUGUAUUGCGAUGUUGUUAGCUAGAUGUUUGAUAUUUAUAUGACAGUGUUAUUUGUAACUGAGUAUACUUUUUUGUAAUGGUGUCCGUUAAGUUAACAACCUUUCUUUGUUUUGUUCAACAACUGCCCUACUCCAGCAAUGGUAGGGGUUUAUAUGGCAAAAUUUGUAUAAUCACAUCUGAUAGUUAAUCGGCCGACCAGUGUUCUGUUAGGUUAUAGCAGUAUAACUGCCCUAAAAGUGGUCCAAGUACAAGUUAUGUAUAAAUAUAUA